CGCUCUCAAAAUUGACUUCUUUUAAAAUUGACGCUCUCAUGCUCUCAUUCUCGCUCCCGCUCUCACUCUCGCUCCACGAACGUGCUUACUCACUCUCUCUCUAGACUCUAGAGCUUUGGACUAACCCAAGAAUUGAUUGAUUAUUCUAUUUGGGGUUUUGUCAUCGUUGAAAGUGGUUUCUGCUGUCUGUGUAGCCGUACGUAAGAUAAAGGAGGAGAGAAAAGUGGGUGACUUUUGUCUUCUUCUUCUUCUCCCAUUCUCAACUCGACUCUCAAGUACCUGUUGACACUCACUCGUCACGAGAAGACCUUUUUUCAUAUAAAAUAUAUUUUACAAUGUUCAUUGCCAUUAUCUUUUAGCUUCGAGAUAGAUGCAGUUGGUUGUUGGAAAAAUUUAAUAAAAGGGUUAUUUAUUAAUUAUUAUUAUUUCAAUUUUCCACCUUUUGUGGUUGCUUCUUUUCAAGGUUGUCAACCCGCGGGUUGACAACCUUGAAAAGAAGCAACCACAAAAGGUGGAAAAUUGAAAUAAUAAUAAUUAAAGCGGGUCGACCCACAUUGAUCCUGACCCGGUGAGAAAAACAGGCCGCACGCACCCGCCGGAUCAACUGCCACAAGGUACCGGGUUGGAGGUCAAAUUGUGUCAUUUUUUUCUUUGUUUUGCGAAAUGCGCCUAUUUUCCGAUUUUUCUUUUCGCCUAACUCAAUCUUUGGAAUCCUAAGUUGAACAUUUGAAUAUUAAUGUUAUAUAAGUGUGUGUGAAUUUUCACUAUAUGAUGAAUCUAAGUACGAAAUGUUAUUUUGGUGUAAUAUUAUAUGUUAUAACUCAUAUGUUAGAUGAGAUUUGAUAUAAUUUAUCAGGAUAAGUACAAUAUAAUGACGCUUUCCAUAUUUCCGGGCUAAAACGGGUGACCCAUUAACCAUUGACCCACUAGCUCAACCGGGUCCGGGUCAACCCGCAGGUUGACAACCUUGCUUCUUUUUCAUUCUUAUAUUUCCGAUCUGAAUAUAAUUAUUGAAUUAGUAGGCUAGUUUAUACAUUGUCAUCUUAAUUAUCACUAAUUUUUUGCCCUUUUGCUGCGGGAGAAACUAAUUAUAUUUAAAAUUUUAUCCACUUAUUUAAUGAUGUAGUAAUUCAUAAAAUUUGAGUAAGAUAUCACUAUAUGCUUAACGUAGUAUCUAAAUCAUUACGAAUGAAUUAUGUCAUAAGUUUGUUCAAGUGAUACAUAUGAAAUAUCUAUUACUCCAUAAGUUUAAGGUAAUAUAUUUGUAAUUUGCGUAACUGUUAAUGAAGGGUGUUAUGUAAUAUUCCAUAAUGCGUGGACUAAUAAUAAAAUUAAGUUAUGAAAAGUAUCACAUUUGAUUAAAUUAUCAUGUAAAAUGAACUAACAUUGUGAUAUAUUUUCAUAAUGUAUCUGUUAAUAAACUUUGUUAUGUAGAUCUUUCAUAAAUAUGGUCUAAUAAUAAAAUUAAUUUAUGUAAAAUGUCACAUUUGACUAAUAUGUCAUUUAAAAGCUAACUAACAUUAUGAAACCUUUUUCAUUCAAACUUAUAUUAUGAAGUACUUACAUAAUGAGUUUAUUUAAUUAAUACACAAUAAAUAACUAUCCUUUUAUAGCUACUAUGCAAGUUCUAAUCAUUACGGAGAACUUAUCUGUUGUGUAAUUGAUACAUAAGAAAUAACUAUCACUUCGUAAGAUUUUCAUAUUGUAUUCGUAAUGUACGUAACUCAUAUAGAGCAGUGUUACGUAAAUCUUUCAUAAUGUGUGGUCACUCGAUAAGAUUUAUAUAAGAACUUACGAUGAAAUUGUGUAUAGAUAAUACAAACUCUUGAGAACAGUAUCCAUUGAAUUUUUUUUUAAUUACCUUGUCCCUAUUUUUCGUAUAUUUAUAUAAGAACUUAUGAUAAAAAUUGGGUAUAUGUAAUAGAAACUCUUAUGGAUAGUACCCAUUGGAAUUUUUUAAUUACCUUGUUCCUACAACAGUAAACUAAUGCUUGGCAUGCUUGGCCUUUUAAUAUAAUAAUCUACGUAACUUUUAUAGAACAGUAUUACAUAAAUUUUUCAUAAUGUGUGGUUACUUCAUAAGAUUUACAUAUUGUAUUCGUAAUGUACCUAACUUUUAUUGAACAGUAUUGCGUAACUCUUUCGUAAUUUGUGGUCUAAUAAUAAAAUAAAGUUACAAAAAAUAUCAUAUAUGAAUAACAUUUAGUAUAUGGGAUUAAGUGUAGGAGAUAAAAUGCUAUGUAAAAAAAAAUGAUCUUGCAAAAUUAUUGUAUUAUGCAAAUAAAAAAGAGCUUACGGUGAAAUUGAGUAUAGUGAAUAGAAGCUCUUGUGAACAGUAAUUUAUGGUCUAAUAAUAAAAUAAAGUUGCAAAAAAUAUCAUGUUUGAAUAACAUUUAGUAUAUGGGAUUAAGUGUAGGAAAUAAAAUGCUACAUAAAAAUAAUUGAUCUUGCAAAAUUAUUGUAUUAUGCAAAUAAAAAAGAACUUACGAUAAAAUUGAGUAUAGGGAAAUAGAGGCUCUUGUGAACAGUACAACUGGGAUUUUUUUUAAUUACCUUUCCUACUUUUUCGUAUGCAACAGUAAAUGGUUACUUGGGCUUUUAAUAUAUCUGAUAGCUUUGUUUAUUCUGUAGAUGGUACUCUUUUGUAGUUUAGUUUCCUAGGGUGCAUGCAUGCAAUUAAUAAUGCAUGUUUAAUAGUAAAUAAUAAUGGGAUACCUGAUACAUAAUUAAGGGUAAAUGAUAUUCACAGAACAAAAAAUUAUCCAAAUAUUAUUUUAGUCAAGUUUGGAAGAACAUGCACGGUAUAGACAAAGUUUUCAGUUAGGAUAGGUCGGCAGAGGUGGUGGUUGGAUAUCAUAAUUUACGUAUGCAUUCGACAGCUGAGAUUAUUGUUUAUCAAGAGACUUUUACUUCUAUCAGCAUGAUAUUCGAAUUGGAGUAAAAAAAAUUAAGGUAAAUUCCAAUGAAAUGGUGCCUUGACGUAGGGGAGAGGAUGAAUUUGAAUUUGGAACUUGAUUCGAUAUAAACCCAACUCAUUAACACUUAGGUUACACAACUUUGUUGGGUUAUGAUACGACUAUAUUAAGGAAAAUUUGUAACACAUGUUUGAAAAUAUCCAUCAUUACAAUCUUAUUGAAGCUGGUAAAUAGAUGUCUCAAAGCUGAGUCUCUGUUAAAAUAGAUGGUCAAACUUGCAUAAAAAAAAGUGGGUAAAAAGUAGAAAAACAAAGUAAUUUUGGGUGAGAAGAUGGCAAAAGGACAGGAGAGAUGGCAGGCCUGCAACUAAUUAACAUUAAUGGGUAAAAAAAAAAAAAAAAAACUGUUGGUGAUGGUGCUGCCCAUGAUGUCUGCUGAUAAGACAUUUCAUUAUUCCUAUGGUUGUCUUGCCUUAUCAGAAAGAAGCCCAAAAGAGCUGAGCUGAACAAUAACGCGAGAGAAGAGAACUUACUCCAUAGUAAAUGCCUGCCAUGUAAAGAACAGAACAGUAACUUCUGUUUGAGGAGAGUCAAACAUUUUGAACGUGGUAAAGCAUAUGGAAGAAGGGUUAAAAAAGUUAAAACUUGAAAGUGGUGGAAAAAAAAAGCACUCUUGCUGAGUAAUCUCCGUGAUUCAUUAUAAUCGAUUUUUUUUAAUGAUUUUCAAAAGGCGGACUUAUGAUAUUGUUGUGUCAAUUAUUGUCAGCUUUUUUGCUUAUCCAUUCAGAUGCAUUUAUACGGUCGAAGUUGGAUGCGUUGUGGACUUGUGGUUGGCUCAAAUUAUGUUGCCGAUUUUUAAUUGUGUAUUUGCCUCUAGUAAGUAACCGCCUUUUUUCCAAAAUGUAAUUUAAGUUGCUUCUUGUAGAAAAAAUUGGUUAGGUCAAGUAAUUAAGCUAAACCCUAAUCUUCCCCUUGAAACCAACUUUCCUCUUUUUUCUUUCAUGGAUUCUUCCUCAUGUCAAAAGAUGUUUCUUCUGCCACCACCACCAUUUCCUCUUCUCUUCUUCCAUGGCCUGUAACCCUAGAAAAGUCUGACCCCAAAAACAAAAGAAAGUGACAAAAUUGUCACCACCAAGCUUCUUGGUGAUACUGUAAAAAAAAAAAAAAAACUUCUUGGUGAAUUGUGAAAUGCUGAUGAUAGCUUGAUGGACUAUAUAUGUCCUACUAAGUCCUAUCCUUUCCUCAAGUCAACUCCCCAUUCCCAAUUUUAUUCAACCAAAAAAAAAAAGUUUCUUUCUACCAGCCUUUUACACUACCCACUGACCACAUAGACAAAGAAAAGAUGCCCUUUGCUUAAUCAAAUAAUAAUUUAACCCUGAGAAAGUCAGCUGCAAUGCAACAGUCUUUCCUUCAGUUAUUAAUUUAUUUCUCUUAUCAUGAUUAUGAUUUAAUAAUACUAAUCACCUUUUUGGCUGUUUCCCAACUUAAACAAACUAGCAUAAGAUUGGCAGAGAUACCCAAAAACUUGUCUCCUCCAUUUUCUUUUUUUUUUCCUUUUAACCAUAAUUGAUCUAAGUGCAUUAGUUAAAAUGAUCUUACGUUUAAAUCACGAAAUUUAAAAUUUACUCUCAUAACACCAUACUGUAAUCUCUAAUCUUAAAAAUUUUAGUCGCCAUUCACUAGCAUUCAUUUCCUAUGAUACAAUAUAGAAUUACAAAUACUCAAUUAUAAACUUAUCGUUGUAAUGAUAAUUAAAUAAAUUUAUAACAUUAAAAAACACUUCUAUAUUACAAGUAAAAUCGUAAAUAACUUUUCGUAUAAAUGAUCACAUAUUAUUGACUAAAUGUUAAAAUGAUUUUCAACGAAUCGUAUUAUCGAAAUAAUAUAAACUCAAAAUUUGUCAAUGUUAUUAUCAUUUAUUUUUAGUUCACAAUUCCCAACAACACAUCUCUCUCACUCUCCCACUGUUCACUCUUCACUCUCUUCACUGCUACUAUAUACACAAAGCACAAGAGCAGAGCCAAAAGCAAAAACCCUUUCUUUCUUACUCUCUCAGUUCUUGGUUCUUCAAUGGCUACCAAAAUCUCAACCUGCAUUCCCUUUCUUCUAUCCCUAACUUUCACAUUUGCAGCUCUCACUUCAUCCACAACUGAAACUGACAUUCUCCUCACAUUCAAGAGCUCCAUUAAAGACCCAAGCAACUCUCUCUCCACUUGGUCCCCCGCCUCGCCGGAUCAUCACUGUAACUGGACCGGAAUCACCUGCUCCGCCCCUCCUUCAGCCACAGUGACCGGCGUCAACCUCCAAAGUUUCAAUCUUUCCGGCGAAAUCUCGGCUUCCAUCUGUCAGUUGCCCAAAUUGACUAUUCUUGACCUCGCUGACAAUCUCUUCAACCAGCCAAUCCCACUCCAGCUCUCUGCUUGUACUUCACUGGAGACUCUGAAUCUCAGCAACAAUCUCAUUUGGGGCACUAUCCCGGACCAGAUUUCUCGGUUCAAGUCACUGAAGGUUGUGGAUUUGAGCAGGAAUCAUGUGGAGGGGCGGAUUCCGGAAGCCAUUGGUGGGUUGAUCAACUUGAGGACGCUCAAUUUGGGGAGCAACUUGCUUUCUGGUAAUGUACCUAGCGCGUUCGAAAAUUUGACUGAGCUAGUUUAUCUUGAUUUGUCUCAAAAUAGCUAUUUGGUGAGUGAGAUUCCUAGUGGGAUUGGGAAGCUUGAGAAGCUUGAGCAGAUUCUGCUGCAAAGUUCUGGUUUUUAUGGCCAGGUUCCUGAUUCCGUUGUGGGUUUGCAGAGUUUGGUCAUUUUGGACCUGUCUCAGAACAAUCUUAGUGGUGUGUUCCCUCAAAAGUUUGGUUCUUCUCUCAAGAACCUUGUUUCUUUCGAUGUUUCUCAGAACAAGCUUUUGGGUUCAUUUCCAGAGGGUUUGUGCAAUCCCAAAGGGCUUAUAAAUCUCAGCCUUCAUACCAAUUCCUUUGAUGGGACUUUACCUAGUACCUCCAUUGAUCAGUGCUUGAAUCUGGAGAGGUUUCAAGUUCAGAAUAAUGGCUUCUCUGGCGAUUUCCCAGAUGGGUUGUGGUCAUUGAGCAAGAUUAAGCUGAUUAGAGCUGAAAACAACAGAUUUUCUGGCAGGAUACCUGACUCCAUAUCCGAAGCUGCUCAACUCGAGCAAGUUCAGAUAGAUAACAACAGCUUCAGCAGCGAAAUCCCAGCUGCUCUCGGGUCGGUAAAGACCUUGUACAGAUUCUCAGCUUCCCUCAAUGAUCUCUAUGGUGAAUUACCCCCAAGCUUUUGUGAUUCUCCUGUAAUGAGCAUCAUGAACCUCUCCCACAACUCUCUUUCUGGCCCAAUUCCACAGCUGAAGAAUUGCAGGAAGCUAGUUUCACUGUCACUGGCAGAGAACAGUCUCACGGGGGAAAUCCCAGCUUCCCUUGCUAACCUGCCAGUACUAACGUACCUCGACCUGUCUAACAACAAUCUCACUGGCUCGAUCCCUCAAGGGCUUCAGAACUUGAAGCUUGCUCUCUUCAACGUGUCCUAUAACCGGUUGUCCGGUAGAGUGCCUCCAGCUCUCAUCUCGGGCCUGCCUGCUUCUUUCAUGGAAGGAAAUCCCAACCUUUGUGGUCCUGGAUUGCCCACACCUUGUUCAGAUGAGCUUGCCAGAGGCCAUAAUCACAAUCGACAUAGUGCUGUGGCAUUUGCCCUUAUCACGAUAUCAUUUGGUGUUGUUAUUUUACUCGUUGCAGCUGGAAUUUUCACUUACCAUCGAUCUUUUCAUCGGAAAGCUCAAAAGGGAGGUUGGCAUUCUGUGUUCUUUUAUCCUCUAAGGAUCACUGAGCAAGACCUAAUCAUGGCAAUGAAUGAGAAAAGUGCGAUGGGCAGCGGUGGAGGAGCUUAUGGUAGAGUUUAUGCUGUGACACUACCUAGUGGCGAGCUUGUUGCUGUCAAGAAGCUUGUGAACAUUGGGAACCAGUCUUCAAAAUCACUGAAAGCUGAAGUGAAGACACUGGCCAAGAUCAGACACAAGAACAUUGUGAAAGUUCUUGGGUUUUGCCAUUCGGAUGAAUCGAUCUUUCUGAUCUAUGAGCACUUGGAGAAGAGAAGUUUAGGGGAUAUGAUCAAGAGACCUGAUUUCCUGUUGCAGUGGAGUUCAAGAUUGAGGAUUGCCAUUGGAGUUGCUCAAGGACUAGCUUACCUCCACAAGGACUACAUCCCACAUUUACUACACCGAAAUGUCAAGUCCAACAACAUUCUUCUGGAUGCUGAUUGUGAACCAAAGCUCACAGAUUUCGGUCUCGAUAGAGUCGUGGGAGAAACCGCUUUUCAGUCGACCAUAGCUUCGGAGUAUGCGCCUUCCUGUUACAUUCCUCCUGAACAUGGAUACAGCAAGAGAGCAACUGAGCAAAUGGACGUGUACAGCUACGGAGUGGUGCUCCUGGAGCUCAUAUCAGGAAGACAAGCUGAGCAAGAUUGCUCAGGAGGUGGAGAUUUUGUAGACAUCCUGAAAUGGGUUCGAAGGAAGAUCAACAUAGCUAAUGGAGCUAUCCAAGUUCUGGACCCCAAGAUAUCAAACUCUUCCCAGCAAGAAAUGCUGGCAGCUCUUGACAUUGCCCUUUGUUGCACUUCGGCGGCACCUGAGAAACGGCCAUCGAUGUACGAGGUUGUUAGAGCAUUGCAGUCCUUGAGCACUAGGAGGGUCCAAAUUCCCGAAACAGCAGAGGAACCCGACGAUGUCCCAGUUUGAGAAAUGGACAUCAACAAAGGGUUGCUGCUUUUGAGAGUUCUGUUAUCGGCCCUUGUUAUUACUUGUAUCUGUAAAUGAUUCACAUUUGAGCUCGCUGCCCUAUCAUAUGUUGUCGAGAAUAGAGAAGAAAAUGUGAUGUUCAUUGUAUAUUAUAUGAUCUGCCAGAACUUGAUAGGGGACUUCUAUAGGGACCCUAGAGCACUUCCUUCUUUAUGUUCUGUAUUAUUGUGUACACAAAGCUGAAGAUCCAAGAAUGAAACUUUUGGCGUGGUAGAUCAUGGUGCGUGUAUUAACAUGACACUUAUGUAUGUUUAAAAUAAGUUUGGUUUCAAAGGUCUUCUGAUUGACAAUAUUUUGGUUGAGAUUUGUAUGCUAUAUAAAUGUUGUGAUUCUAGAGAUAAAGGAAGACCAAAAUGUUCAUUUCGUCCCCUUCUUAAUUUGGCUAAUGAAAAUAAUUAGAGCUAUAAAGAUUGAUGUCUAGACUGUGAGGUUUAAUGUGUACCAGUCAAGUAUAUUAUCCAGAAAGGUACACCCAAACAAAAAUAAAGUAAAAACCAUAUCUUUGCCUCUUGAAGUAAGCACUGAGGGUUGAGACCCGGUGACAACCCUUUUGGUAGCUCUAUCAUUCCAUCCGGAAACGCUAUCAGAUGGAGUGGUACGCUACUAGAGUGUGGUUGUGAAAAUGACACCCCCUAAAGGGUUGUCACGAGAUCUCAUCUCAAACGGUGAAGAGUAAAUAUUUUUACCUACCGUAAUGUCAUAUUCUUUGAUAUCUAAACAAGAACAAGAGGUACUCAAGGUAAUAUGACAACAUAUUUGAAAAACACAGAGGACUUAGAAUAGAAAUCCUAAGUGGGCAAAGCACUAGGACUUCUUUAGAAGUUGACAAUCUUGAUACUACUCUCACAAACACGCUUCACUUUGGAGUUCGAAAAGAAUGGCAAACUAUUAAAUAGUUGCUUACCUCACCAAGAAAAUUCAUUUUUCUUGAUAACUUUCUAAAACAUCAUCCAUCAAUGAAAAGGUAAGUUCGAAAAGAAUAAAAUAACAUUUAUAUACUUACGCAAAUCACAACUUUCCUUUAUUUUAUAUGGCAAAUUAUAUAAUUAAAUUAUGACACUCUCCUCGCCCGCCCGGGGUGAUUAUGUAAUCUGACACUUCGCAAAUUUAAGGCAACAAAUCGAACUCUUUUGCAAAAUAUAACAUUCUUACUAUC